AUGAGUCAUUUUGUGCGCCAGAGCAAAUUCCGCCACGUGUACAUUGAGCCUGCUAAGCUCGAGUCAUGUUACACUAAUGUGCGGUUAGCCACGGCCACAGGAGAACAAAAUUAUAUCAAGGGCAAUACAAAGUUCUUUGCAGUCUCUAUUCAAGCUGGUGGCGGCGCUAUGGCUGUGGUGCCCUAUGAAAAGGUAGGCAAAUUCGAUCCUGACUUUCCACUCAUUUCGGGUCAUCGAGGCGCAAUUUUGGACUUUGAUUUCAAUCCUUUUCACGAGCACCUAAUCGCUUCAGCCUCGGACGACUCGACGGUAAAGGUAUGGGGUAUUCCUGAAGGAGGUUUGACUGAAACAUGCGUAGACCCGCUCGUUGACUUGACUGGCCAUGGCCGUAAGGUUACACUCAUUAAAUUUCAUCCCACAGCCAACAAUGUAUUGGCCAGUACGUCGUCCGACUUUUCUGUGCGAUUAUGGGACAUUGAAAAAGGUUCUGAGACUGUAAAAAUGGAGGACCACGGAGAAAACUUGAUUCAGGACUUGGCUUGGAGCUGGACUGGCAGUUUGCUCGCUACUUCGUGCAAGGAUAAGGUUAUACGUCUAUACGAUGCCCGUUCCGGCCAACUUGCUUUGCAAAAAGAUAACGCUCACAUGGGUACCAAAAGUGUCAAAAUGAGCUUUCUUGGUGACAAAGAGACAUUUGUUUCGGUGGGUUUUACGCGCCAAAGUCAGCGUCAGUUUAAGGUCUGGGAUCCUCGUAAUUUGGACAAGGAGCUCAAGAAGGUGGAUAUUGAUCAAGCGGCAGGUGUCAUCAUGCCAUUCUACGACCCCGAUACAAACCUAUUAUACCUUUGUGGUAAAGGUGAUGGUAACAUUCGCUACUAUGAAAUGUCAGAGGGCGAACCAUUUGCAUUUCCCAUAAGCGAGUACCGCUCGACAACUUCUGCAAAGGGUAUGGCAAUGAUUCCUAAACGUGGUUGCGAUAUUAUGAAGUGUGAGACAACACGUCUGCUGAAGCUCACGUCGAAUGCGAUUGAGCCGCUGCAUGUAUUUGUGCCGCGCAAAUCGGACGCUUUCCAAGAUGAUAUAUUUCCUGACACGUACGCCGGUAUUCCUUCAAUGUCUGCUGACGACUGGCUCAACGGUGCCGAUAACUCGCCGGUCUUGAUGUCCCUUCGUCCUGAACUGCAGGGAAAAAUAACCAAUGACGGCAAACGUAAUCGCUCUGCAUCCAAAACAAGCAGCGUGGGUGCUGGUAUUGCAGCUCGCGUCGCUCGUUUUGCCCGUGGAGGUAGUAAGUCGGACAGUACACCUGAAGGAAAGCUUAAAUCUGAAUUGGAGGCGGCGAACGCUCGAAUUGCACAGCUAGAGAAGCUGCUUCGUCAGAACGGCAUAUCAUAUUAG